AUGUCACGUCAGCAUUAUGAUGCAAAUGAUGAAGAAAAAAAGAUCCUCGUGCCUGCAAUUCCUAUUUAUUUCUCGUUUCAGCCUCGCAGCGACGAGCGAAAUAAUAUAAUUUCCCAAUUGUUAGACAAGCUACAAAAAAUCAAUCCGGAUCACUGGAACACUACCAAUGUCCGAGUGUGGCUCAGAAAUAAUCAGAAAAACUUCUCUCAGCUUUCCCAAGGAAUGGAAAUGCAACCGUUAUUACCUCCAACUCUGGAAUCAACGCCCAAAUUUGUGCAACUUCCUAGCGCACCGCAAUUACCUAAUAUACCAACCCAUCCUUCCUUAUUAGAUGACAUCUCUAUCAGUUCUAAUAAUAAUUCCUUUAAUAUUCCACCUGCAAACAUGUCUUUAAUUAACGAUACGAAGUCUCAGACGAAAGAGUUAUCUGUGUCAUUCCCUCCACGCUCACCUUCAAGAUCUACCUCUCCAUUUCUUGAUUUAUUUUCAUUAUCAAGAGCUUCCACGCCAAGCAUUUUUGAUUCAUCCCCUCAGUUUUUGGAUGCAUGUCCACCAAAGAAAAAUAGCAUAUUCAAUUCUGAUUCAAGAGAAUUUUCACGUCAAAGCUCCACCCCAAUUGAAAACAAAAAGCUGGACGUAUUCACACCACUCGAGCUCAAAAUUCCAGAUAUUCCAGAGCAUUUAUUAGAAAACCAGUUCGAUGCCUUCAAAAAUGAAAUGUUUUCUCUACUUAAAAAGCUUCUCGCAGCGAUUUCAAGACUAUCAAUCGUUGAACUCUCCCCUUCGAAGCAAGAAGAACAGAUAAACCAUGAAAAAUACAUGAAUCAAAUCAUCGAAAUUAUGGGAAACACUCUUUCAAUAAAGAAAAUCCAUUGCAAGGAUGAUGAGUCAUCCUACAUCAUCCCAGCAACUCUCGAAACUAUCAAAGAGGACAAACUUUUCAUAAGAACUCAACAAACAAUUCCGAAAAACAUUUCGGCGCGCCUUAUUGCUUUAUAUCAAGGCACAGCUAACAUCGGAGUAAGUACAAUCGAGAAUUACCUCUGUUCGGACUUCUCUAACACAACUCUUUGCGUUGUUAAAAAUACGAAUUCAGUUACAGAAGCAUUUUGCUGCGGUCGUAGCUUUAAACUUUCUUCUGCACCUGUUAAGUCAAUUACUUUGGAUGAAAAUGAUACAAGGCUCUGGAUUAACUACGGAAAUAGCGUUUGUUCGUACAAACUCCAGAAUAUUCGCGACCAAAAGGAAGGAGAGAUCGGAGCGGCAUCAGAAUACGAAAUACAGAUCCCUUCAGUCGAAGGAAGAAUUUGUAAUAUUUUUGACUACGUUUUUACUCUUUCAGGAGGCAUGAUUGUUAGAACAAACCUCUCAAACAGUACUCCACCGUCAAAAUUCGAUAUCAAAUUCAACGACAAUCCAUUAAAGAAGCCAGAUUUCUUGGCUUCUCAUUUCAAUCGCUUAUUCGUCGCUUCUAAAGACUACCAUACAGUAUAUGCCCUCGACUUUAGCUUACAGAUUACAGAAAGGUUAGUUGGCCAUACAGGGAACAUUAAUUUGUUACUUUGUGCAAAUGGAUUUCUGUUUGUUGGCUCAACUGACCAAUACGUCCGCGUAUACGAUGCAGAGCAUUUAUCUCUUAUUAAUACCAUCGAUACUACAGACUUUACUCCAGUUUCUGCAACAGGAGGAAAAAUCAACGAGUUCCCUGUAGUAUUUCUCGGAGGAUGCUCGAACAACAGAUGCUCUGUACGUGUAUACGAUGUCAACCAGAAGGCUUUCAUCAGCGAAAUUUUCACAGAAUCCCAAAUUCCGGCUCAUAUCAACUUCGAAUCUGACGAUUUCACAUUGGAAAUAAUCUGCCAGAACUAUGAGAAGAAAGGAGAUACGAUUGUGAUUCCUCAAACAACUCAGACUGCAAAUAAUUAUUAUAUUUCUUAUUUUGUAACUAAGCACUUUUAA